CGUGAUAUUUGAUGUGUUUCCAUAUCUCCUUGCUCUACUCUACGGCUUCUACAGCCCAUAUGAAUAUCACAGAGAAGUUGUGAGUGUGUUCUUUCUCAGGGAGUUUUCUGUCAGUUGACUGGCUCCUUCCUUCUUGUCCUGCCCUCCUCUGGACUCACAGUGUCUGGAGUUGGAGUCAAACCGUCGCCUCUCAGCUCUCUCCCAGAGCGCACACAGCCGUCUCUUGCAUGAUGUCUCCUCUCGUUGCCCGCCUGCUGCUUCUUGUCUGCUUGGCUUCACCUCUUUAUGGCGUGGAAAAGGUGAGAAAUAGAGGAUACCGAAAGGAUCCUGACGCUGACAAGUAUGGCAGUUGCAUGCAGGGGCCAGCAGGCCCCACUGGCAGAGAGGGUAACCCUGGCACCAACGGCAUCCCAGGGACGCCGGGCAUCCCUGGCCGUGACGGACUCAAAGGGGAGAAAGGCGAGUGCAUUAACGAGAUCUUCGAGGAGCCCUGGAGGCCCAACUACAAGCAGUGUGCCUGGAACUCUCUCAAUUAUGGGAUCGACCUGGGUAAAGUAGCUGACUGUACGUUCACCAAGCUGCGUUCAGACAGCUCCCUCAGAGUCCUCUUCAGCGGUUCCCUCAGACUCAAGUGUAAAAAUGCAUGCUGCCAGAGGUGGUACUUCACCUUCAAUGGAGCAGAGUGCACAGGACCCCUGCCCAUAGAGUCCAUCAUCUACUUAGACCAAGGAAGUCCUGAGCUCAACUCAACCAUCAACAUCCACAGAACGUCCUCAGUUGAAGGGCUGUGUGAGGGUGUCAAAGCAGGCUUGGUUGAUGUGGCCGUGUGGGUGGGGACCUGUGCCGACUAUCCCAGAGGGGACGCAUCUACAGGCUGGAAUUCAGUAUCCAGGAUUAUCAUUGAGGAACUGCCCAAAUAAAUAAAAAGUUACAUGUAAGGGAGGGCCCAGUCCUGGUAGUAUGACAGUAUGUCAUCUGGCCCUCCAAAACGAUCAGGUGCGGUUUGCUGAGGCGUCAUAGCAUCACUGAUGGUAACUUGAAUGUUUGGUUUUUUAUUGUGUUUAAAUACUAUCCUAUUCUACAGGUCUAUAAACAAGAAUACUGUGUCAUUCUGUCUACCAGAAAUAAACUUUGUACUGUAGCUUUUCUGCUUAUGGGUGCUGUUGGUAUACGGUAACUAUUUAACAGACAUUGUGACAAGAACGAUAAUAUUUAAACUAUUUACUCAUGUGACAUGUUUAUAUCCAUUAUUACUGUUAAUAAAGUCAUCUUUUUUUUUUUUUUAAAAGAAUUUAACUUUAUGACCACUUGUUAUGUUUAGAAGCUUCGGAAUACCCUGCAUUCAAUUCACUGUAGUCACAAAGUAAUACAUGUAAUGUAUUUAUACACUAUCAAACAUGACAAUGCAGAUAAAGCAGUUUGGAUUUUAUAAGAAAAUCUUAUAAAGCUAUGUAGUUACAUACUGUAUUUUUGCCAGGAAACAAAUGCAUUGUGGGAUAAAUGUACUGGCUUGUUUGGAACACAAAAAUCAUCUCCAUUGCUGCGGUCUGUUUACCAAGAAAUUAUUUAAAAAAGACAAUCUAAUAACACACACACACA